AAAUUAAGACAAAGUUGAGCAGAGUCAAAACGCCAACUUGCUUUAUAACUCCCUAGGUAGCUUGCCAUACGAUACUGUGUUUCCUUCUUAGAGUCGAGUUUGUCCUUUCAGGUUGUUGAUGCUCCCCCCCCCCCCCCCCUCCUCAGAAAAAUUAGAAUAAGUUUUAGGCUAGCUUUAGAAAGUAGUUGUAUAGGAGUGGAGGAAUCUAUGUGCCUAAACCUUAGAACUCGAGAUCUUAAUUUCUCCUAUUUUCUUGUUGAAUUGUUUCCCCUCUCAUUUCCUUUUGCAAUUUGCCUCUUUCAUUGCAAGUUAUAUCAUUGUUUACCUCCUACUUGAACAGUCAGCUCCUGAGAAAGGAUUUCAAGUUUGUCUGCUCAGCUCUAUUUUCUGGUAAAGAAAGAUAGAGGAAUAUAUUCAGGGCUUCAAUAUGACAUCUGAGAAAGAAGAAUGGCAUAAAAGCCACAAGGCAUCAGAGGACAAAAAGCUAGAGUUGAGGCUUGGUCCUCCAGGAGAAAUAUCCCUUUUUUACAAGACCAAUCCCACUACUCAUGGAGCCAAAAGAGUACUUGAACACACAGUUGGAGCAAAACAAUCAGAGGGAUACUGGUUUACAGAUACAGAUGAAAAGCAAUGCAAGAAGCUCUCAGGUUAUGAGGAAGGAGCUAAGGAGGUAUUCUCUUCUCCAUGGUUAAGUAACCCCUUGCAUUCUUCGACUUUUCACAGGGAGACCCAGAAGGAGUUACUGCAGCCUAAGCCUUCAUUUCUCCAGUGCUCUAAAGUUGAAGAAUUACAGUGCCGAGAUAAGAUGGCAUGUUCUACCUCUUCUAGUGUCUCAUUUCCUGCUACCACAGCUGGGACCAAUAGCUGUCAUAAAAGAGCUGCACUUGCAUCAGUAGUUGGGUGGCCUCCAAUCCGGUCGUUUAGGAAAAACCUUGCAGGUAGCAGUACUCCAAAGCUGGUAUCUGAGUCACGAAAUAAACCUCCAAAAGAAGGGAGUAGCUUAAAACCUGACAGUUUCAGAAAUGACUUGUUUGUAAAGAUCAAUAUGGAAGGAGUCCCUAUUGGAAGAAAAAUAAACCUCAAUGCCUAUGACAGUUACGAGAAACUCUCUGUUGCCAUAGAUGAACUCUUCAGAGGUCUUCUUGCAGCUCGAAGAGAAACUGCUGAUCCUAGGAAUGACAAAAAGGUGAAAGAAGCAAACGCAAAUGCAGGUUCAGUUUCUGGAAGUGGGGAAUAUACUCUCGUUUAUGAGGACAAUGAAGGAGACAGGAUUCUUGUUGGGGAUGUUCCAUGGCAUAUGUUUGUAUCUACAGCAAAGAGAUUGCGCGUACUGAAGAGCACUGAGAUUUCCACUCCACAACUUUCAGUUGGUAACAAUAAGCAAGAAAAGACACCACUUAGUUCUGCAGUAGAUAUCGGAAGAUGAGGCUUUUAAUGGAGAGUGAAAUCUUGAAGUGGAGAAUUUUCCUUUGAAUGAAACCUGACUUUAAGUUUCCCAUAUUAAAUUAGUGGCAAUCCUUACAUUAAAGUUCGGAAUCCUUUUAGUUCAUGAUGCUGAAGAAGAAAAAUGCAAACUUCCCCCGUCUGUCACUACUUGGAGCCUUGGAGGGUCAAACCUUAGGCUUCGUAAAAUAAGUAGUCUGUUCAACCUUUAUAGAAUAAGUAAUUCGUUGAUGCAGAAAUGCAUUGACAACUACCUUGUGAUGUAUAUAAAUGUGUCCGCUUUCAGCCUAGUUUCUUCAAGACCUUGAUGGGACUUGGAAAUCUUGGGAGUUCAACCAAGAUUGGUUUAUUUCCUCUAGUGUUCAUCAAAACGAGAGGUGGUUCAAGCGAAGGCAGGAGAUUCUGUGCAGUCAAUAUAAUAUAAAAACUAAUGUUGCUACAACUGGUUCAUAUGCAAGGAAGUGAAUCCUUCAAUGCAGUGUAUUCUAGUGGCCUUUGAGACAAGUCAGAAGAUCAAGCAGUCUGUAUGCUAAAAUAAUGUUGUUGGUGCAAAUUGCUAAGGCUGUUAUGUAAAUAAUAAGAAUGUUAUGUGCAUAAUCUUAUCAAGUCCAAUUACAAAGUUUGUAGUGGA